AACUUUUUCUCUUCUUUCACUCGGCAAUUCCUCUCACUACCUACGAAGCCAAUCUCUCUCUCUCUCUCUCUCUCUCUCUCUCUCUCUCAGCUUGACUGCGUUGAUGAGGAAGCUGUGUCCGAACUACGAUGGGGAAGACAAGCUCGAGACCGUGCUUGAGGUCCCCAUCCCGGAGGAGAUGUUCGCUCCCGCGAGCAAAUCCUCGAACAGGUCGUGGGCGCACAUGAAGUCCUGGAUGCGACCGUCGAGCCACGAGAAGUCCUCCCCGGCGGUGACCGUCCUCCUCGGCGGAGGGCGGAGCGCCGAGCUCCAGCUCCUCCUCGGCGUCGUCGGAGCUCCGCUGGUCCCUCUCCCCAUAAGUCACCGCCACCUCCACAACACCCACAUCGCCGCGAGCAUGAAAAAUCACCCCAUCGAAGCAUCGAUGGCCAAGUACAUAAUGCAACAGUACGUGGCGGCGUCGGGAGGCGAGCAGGCGCUGAGCGCGGUGGAGAGCAUGUACGCCAUGGGGAAAGUGAGGAUGGCCGCGUCGGAGAUGUGCUCCGGCGAAGAGGGCAAGGCGAAGGCGGCGGCGGCAGCGGCGACCGUGAAGAGCAUGAGGCACGGGGUCGGGGAGGUGGGCGGGUUCGUGCUGUGGCAGAAGAGGCCUGAGCUGUGGUGCCUCGAGCUGGUGGUCCCCGGCUGCAAGAUCAGCGCCGGCAGCGACGGCAAGGUGGCGUGGCGGCAGACGCCGUGGCACCACUCCCACGCCUCCCGCGGGCCGCCCCGGCCUCUCCGCCGGUUCUUGCAGGGUCUCGAUCCGAGGUCCACGUCGGACUUGUUCUCCAACUCGGUCUGCAUCGGCGAAAAGGCGAUCAACGAUGAAGACUGCUUCGUCCUCAAGCUCGAAGCUGAGCCUUCCACGCUACGGGCCAGAAGCAGCAGCAAUGUCGAGAUAAUCCGGCACACGCUGUGGGGCUACUUCAGCCAGAGGACCGGCCUCUUGGUCCAAUUGGAAGACACUCACCUCCUAAGAAUCAAGUCGUUGAGCUCCGAGAGCAUCUACUGGGAGACGACCAUGGAGUCCCUGAUCCAGGACUACCGGACCAUCGAUGGUAUAAACAUCGCUCACUCCGGUAGGACGUCGGUGUCCUUGUUUAGGUUCGGUGAGAACUCAGAGAGCCAUUCCAGGACGCGGAUGGAAGAGGUUUGGGCCAUCGAGGAGGUGGACUUCAACAUCAAGGGGUUGUCGAUGGACUGUUUCUUGCCACCGGCUGAUCUGAAGAAGGAGGAGGACACAUGCGGGGUUGUGCCGAGCCAUGCGCGAGUCCCAUUCAGCGUUCGGUCGAGCUCCACGAAGAUGAGCGCUUCGAAAGUCGUUGCUUUGGACGUCGACAUCGACGACUCGUGCGAUCCAGAAAGAGAUGAAGAGCCGUAGACUGAACCUCAUUCGAUCCUCCGACAUCUUUUUGUAAAUAUACUGACAGAUUGCCGCGCGUCAGCUUGCGCGCAGAGCCGAGUUAUAUAGAUCCACAAAUUCCCGAGUUAAAAGUGAUGAAAUGGUGUAGUAUGCCACGAUUUUUAUCCCAUUUCGUUUGUUUCUUAAAAUUCACUCUAGCUAUAGAUACUUUCCGACACUUGCGUCCUAUAAAAUGUUGGCUCAGAUAAACCUUUGU